AAAAUCUCGUUAAUUGCUCGGCUGUUUUGAGCUGAUAAAUGUGGAGUGAUUCAUGCUUUCUUUGGAGUUCGCCGGAGCAGGGCUGCGGCCCGGCGUGCGAGGGGUUAGGAGGAGCCUUGUUUUCAUGCCAUUAGCAGGAAGUCAGCUCGGAUCCUCGCCGCCUGAACCGGCUCCAGGCUUUCUCUUAUCCCUCGCGUUUUUUUCGCCCCGCUGUGUCCAGGGGCCUGAUCCUCGGCCGUGCAGGGCCUCUGGCCCCGGUCCAGGCGGCUCUCGCGGCGGCGGUGCGAUCGCAGCAGCUCUCCGAGCCCCUCUGCUUUACGCGCUUGGUUAAGCGCCUGCCCGCGUGCCAAAAUAUUCGAGCCCUUGCAGAACUAAAUCCCCUGCGAGGGGAGAGGCAGACACCAGCCGGGCUUUAGGGAAGAGAUCUCCUGCACGCCGCGGCCCCGCGCCCGGGCGCUCGCUGCCUUCAGCCUCCCGCUCUCGCUGCCCUGGGCACCGGCACCGGGUGCUGCUGGUGGCACCGGGUCCCCCGGCGGGGCUGGCAGGAGGGAUCAUCUCCUGCCGGCGGUGACACGGGGCGAUGCGAAAACCACAUUUCCUUCAGCGAACGCCGACCCUGUCGGAGCCGCAGAUAACAUCGAAGGGCUGACCAGACCGGCGGUGCCCGUGAUGCCCUGAACGCCGAGCGCGGAGGAAGCAGAGGAGACUGUGUCCCGUUAGCUCCUCUUCCUUCCCUCACCCCUUUCGUUUGGGUUUGUUUCUAUUUAUUUUGCGGCCGGGCUUGGGGACAUGGCCUCGGCCGGCCGUGGCGCUGCCGCCAUGCGGCUCCCUUGGCUCAAGCCCUGCUCGCCCCUCCACGUUUGGACCCUGCUGCUCUUGGGGAGCACCUGGCUACCGCUGGCGGAAGGCAGCCCCAAGCCUCCCUUUAGGACUUUCCCGGUUUCAGACUGGAGCUUGACGCACCUGGUGGUCCACAACAAGACCGGGGAGGUGUACGUGGGGGCCGUCAAUCGGAUCUAUAAGCUCUCCAACAACCUCACGCUCCUGCGGACGCAUGUGACGGGGCCGGUGGAAGACAACGAGAAGUGUUACCCUCCGCCCAGCGUCCAGUCCUGUCCCCACGGCCUGGUCACCACCAACAACGUGAACAAACUGCUGCUGGUGGACUACUCGGGGAACCGGCUCAUCGCCUGCGGCAGCGCCUCGCAGGGGAUCUGCCAGUUUCUGCGGCUGGACGACCUCUUCAAGCUGGGCGAGCCCCACCACCGCAAGGAGCACUACCUCUCCAGCGUCAACGAGUCCGGGACCAUGUCCGGGGUCAUCAUCGAGGUGGUGAACGGGCAGAACAAGCUCUUCAUCGGGACGCCCAUCGACGGCAAGUCGGAGUACUUCCCCACGCUCUCCAGCCGCAAGCUGAUGGCCAACGAGGAGAACGCGGAGAUGUUCGGCUUCGUCUACCAGGACGAGUUUGUCUCUUCCCAGCUUAAGAUCCCCUCGGACACGCUCUCCAAGUUCCCCACCUUUGACAUCUACUACAUCUACAGCUUCAGCAGCGAGCAGUUCGUUUACUACCUGACCCUGCAGCUGGACACCCAGCUCACCUCGCCCGACUCCACCGGGGAGCAGUUUUUCACCUCCAAGAUCGUCCGCCUCUGCGUGGACGACCCCAAGUUCUACUCCUACGUGGAGUUCCCCAUCGGCUGCGUGCAGGACGGCAUCGAGUACCGCCUGAUCCAGGACGCUUACCUCACCAAGCCUGGCAAGGCCCUGGCCAAGUACCUGGGCAUCUCGGAGCAGGAGGAUAUCCUCUUCACCAUCUUCUCCCAGGGCCAGAAAAACAGGGUGAAGCCUCCCAAGGAGUCUGUGCUCUGCCUCUUCACGUUGAAGAAGAUCAAGGAUAAGAUCAAGGAGCGUAUCCAGUCGUGCUACAGAGGGGAAGGGAAGCUCUCGCUGCCCUGGCUCUUGAACAAGGAGCUGGGCUGCAUCAACUCGCCGCUGCAGAUCGACGACAAUUUCUGCGGCCAGGAUUUUAACCAGCCGCUGGGCGGGACCGUCACCAUCGAGGGGACGCCGCUGUUCGUGGACAAGGAGGACGGGAUGACCUCGGUGGCUGCCUACGACUACAGGGGACAGACCGUCGUCUUCGCGGGCACGCGGAGCGGGAAGAUCAAAAAGAUCCUGGUGGACUUGCCGGCCGACAGGAAGCACCAGGCGCUGCAGUACGAGAACGUGGUGGCCCACGAGGGCAGCUCCAUCCUGCGAGACCUGGUGCUGAGCCCCGACCGCCAGCACCUCUACGCCAUGACCGAGAAGCAGGUGACGCGGGUGCCAGUGGAGAGCUGCGAGCAGUACGAGAGCUGCGAGCUGUGCCUGGGCUCCCGGGACCCCCACUGCGGCUGGUGCGUCCUGCACAACAUAUGCUCGCGCAAGGACCGGUGCGAGCGGGCGGAUGAGCCGCAGCGCUUCGCCUCCGACCUGCGGCAGUGCGUGCAGCUCACCGUCCAGCCCAAGAACAUCUCGGUCACCAUGUCGGAGGUCCCGCUGGUCCUGCAGGCCUGGAACGUCCCAGACCUCUCGGCAGGAGUCAACUGCUCCUUCGAAGACUUCACUGAGUCCGAGAGCCGCAUCGAGGACGGGAGGAUCUACUGCAGCUCUCCCUCUGCCAAGGACGUCAUCCCCAUCACCAGGGGCCGCGGGGACAAGCGAGUGGUGAAGCUCUACCUGAAAUCUAAAGAGACGGGGAAGAAAUUUGCCUCUGUGGAUUUUGUGUUCUACAACUGCAGCGUCCAUCAGUCCUGCCUGUCCUGCGUGAACGGCUCCUUCCCCUGCCACUGGUGCAAAUACCGGCACAUCUGCACCCACAACGCCGCCGACUGCUCCUUCCUGGAGGGGCGCGUCAAGCUCUCCGAGGACUGUCCCCAGAUCCUGCCCUCCACCCAGAUCUACAUCCCGGUGGGCGUGGUGAAGCCCAUCACCCUGACGGCCAAGAACCUGCCGCAGCCGCAGUCGGGGCAGCGCAACUACGAGUGCAUCUUCCACAUCCCCGGCAGCACCACCCGCGUCACCGCCCUGCGCUUCAACAGCACCAGCAUCCAGUGCCAGAACACCUCGUACUUCUACGAAGGGAACGACAUCAGCGACCUGCCGGUCAACUUGUCCGUGGUCUGGAACGGGAAUUUUGUCAUCGACAACCCCCAGAACAUCCAAGCCCACCUGUACAAGUGCUCGGCCUUGCGGGAGAGCUGCGGGCUGUGCCUCAAGGCCGACCCGCGCUUCGAGUGCGGCUGGUGCGUGUCGGAGAAGCGCUGCUCGCUGCGGCAGCACUGCCUGGCCCCCGAGAGCAGCUGGAUGCACGCCAGCAGCGGCAACAGCCGCUGCACCGACCCCAAGAUCACCAAGCUGUCACCUGAGACGGGCCCCAGGCAAGGAGGGACCCGCCUGACCAUCACCGGGGAGAACCUGGGCCUCAAGUUUGAAGACGUGCGCUGGGGAGUUCGAGUGGGCAAAGUGAUGUGCGUCCCCAUCGAGAGCGAGUACAUCAGCGCUGAGCAGAUCGUGUGUGAAAUCGGCGAUGCCAGCCCGAGCAAGGUCCACGACGCGCGGGUGGAGGUGUGCAUCCAGGACUGCUCCCCCAGCUACCGCGCCACCUCGCCCAAGAGCUUCACCUUCGUGACGCCCACCUUCUCCCGAGUGAUCCCCGCCCGGGGCCCUCUCUCCGGCGGCACCUGGAUCGCCAUCGAAGGAAGCCACCUGAAUGCUGGCAGCAACGUCACCGUCACCAUCGGGGGACGGCCCUGUGCCUUCUCAUGGAGAAGCGCCCGCGAGAUCCGCUGCAGGACGCCCCCCGGGCACACCCCCGGCGGGUCCCCCAUCCUCAUCAACAUCAACCGGGCAGAGCUGAGCAACCCGGAGGUGAAGUACAACUACACGGAGGACCCCACUAUCCAAAAGAUUGAUCCCGAGUGGAGCAUCAACAGUGGUGGGACGCUGCUGACUGUGACUGGCACCAACCUGGCUACCAUCAAGGAGCCCAAGAUCCGGGCCAAGUACUGCAGCUCUGAAAGGGAGAACAACUGCACGGUGUACAACGACACCACCAUGGUGUGCUAUGCGCCCUCCAUCGACAACCCCGAGCGGAGCCCUCCAGAGGUCGGCGACCGCCCGGACGAGAUCGGCUUCAUCAUGGAUAACGUCCAGGCCCUGCUGAUCGUCAACACCACCAACUUCGUCUACUACCCGGACCCUGUCUUCGAACCACUCAGCCCCACGGGGAUGCUGGAGCUGAAGCCCAGCUCUCCCCUCAUCCUCAAGGGCAGAAACCUGCUCCCUCCGGGUGCCGGGAACUCCCGCUUGAACUACACGGUGCUGAUCGGGGACACUCCCUGUACCCUGACUGUGUCCGAGACCCAGCUCCUCUGCGAGUCGCCCAACCUCACGGGCCAGCACAAAGUCACGAUUAAGGCCGGGGGGUUCGAGUUCUCCCCAGGGACGCUGCAGAUCUACUCGGACAGCCUGCUCACCCUGCCCGCCAUCAUCGGCAUCGGCGGCGGGGGCGGCCUGCUGCUCCUCAUCAUCAUCAUCGUCCUCAUCGCCUACAAGCGCAAGUCCCGGGACGCCGACCGCACCCUGAAGCGCCUCCAGCUGCAGAUGGACAACCUGGAGUCCCGGGUGGCCCUCGAGUGCAAAGAGGCUUUUGCCGAGCUGCAGACUGACAUUAACGAACUGACAAACGACCUGGAUGGGGCCGGCAUCCCCUUCCUGGAUUACCGCACGUACGCCAUGCGAGUUCUCUUCCCCGGGAUAGAAGACCACCCCGUGCUGAAGGAGAUGGAGGUCCAGGCAAACGUGGAGAAGUCCUUGACCCUCUUCGGGCAGCUGCUGAACAAGAAGCACUUCUUGCUGACCUUCAUCCGCACCCUGGAGGCCCAGCGGAGCUUCUCCAUGCGGGACCGCGGCAACGUGGCCUCCCUCAUCAUGACGGCGCUGCAGGGGGAGAUGGAGUACGCGACGGGCGUGCUGAAGCAGCUCCUCUCCGACCUCAUCGAGAAGAACCUGGAGAGUAAGAACCACCCCAAGCUGCUCUUGCGGAGAACGGAAUCGGUGGCAGAGAAGAUGCUGACAAAUUGGUUCACGUUUCUGCUGUACAAGUUCCUGAAGGAGUGUGCUGGGGAACCGCUCUUCAUGCUCUACUGUGCCAUCAAGCAGCAGAUGGAGAAGGGACCCAUCGAUGCCAUCACAGGAGAGGCUCGCUACUCCCUCAGUGAAGACAAGCUUAUCCGGCAACAGAUUGACUACAAGAUGCUGACCCUCAACUGUGUGAACCCUGAGAACGAGAACGCCCCAGAGAUUCCUGUCAAGGUGCUCAACUGUGACACCAUCACGCAGGUGAAGGAGAAGCUGCUGGAUGCUGUCUACAAAGGGGUGCCCUAUUCCCAGCGUCCCAAAGCUGGAGACAUGGACCUUGACCUUGCUCCUCUGCUCUCCUUGGCUUUGUCCUCCAAGCUGCCCGCUAACCAUGAGCCCUUCUCCCUCACUGGGACAGAGUGGCGGCAGGGCAGGAUGGCCCGGAUCAUACUGCAGGACGAGGAUGUCACCACAAAGAUUGACAAUGACUGGAAGAGGCUCAACACCCUGGCCCACUACCAGGUGACGGAUGGCUCCUCGGUAGCCCUGGUGCCCAAGCAGAACUCAGCGUACAACAUCUCCAACUCCUCCACUUUCACCAAGUCCCUCAGCAGAUACGAGAGCAUGCUGCGCACAGCCAGCAGCCCCGACAGCCUGCGCUCACGGACCCCCAUGAUCACCCCCGACCUGGAGAGCGGCACCAAGCUCUGGCACCUGGUGAAAAACCACGACCACAUGGACCAGAGAGAGGGCGACCGAGGCAGCAAGAUGGUUUCCGAGAUCUAUCUGACCCGCCUGCUAGCCACCAAGGGCACCUUGCAGAAGUUUGUGGAUGACCUGUUUGAGACUAUCUUCAGCACAGCACAUCGUGGGAGCGCGCUGCCCCUCGCCAUCAAAUACAUGUUUGAUUUCCUGGAUGAACAAGCUGAUAAGCAUCAGAUCAAUGAUUAUGAUGUCAGGCACACCUGGAAGAGUAACUGUCUACCUCUACGUUUUUGGGUGAAUGUGAUUAAGAACCCCCAGUUUGUGUUCGACAUUCACAAGAACAGUAUUACUGAUGCCUGCCUAUCCGUGGUGGCUCAGACAUUCAUGGACUCCUGCUCAACUUCUGAGCACAAAUUAGGAAAAGACUCUCCCUCCAACAAACUACUGUACGCCAAGGACAUCCCCAACUACAAGAGCUGGGUAGAAAGAUAUUAUGCAGAUAUUGCUAAAAUGCCAGCGAUCAGCGAUCAGGACAUGAGCGCGUACCUGGCGGAGCAGUCACGUUUACACCUCAGCCAGUUCAACAGCAUGAGUGCGCUGCACGAGAUCUACUCCUACAUCACCAAGUACAAGGACGAGAUUUUAGCCGCGUUAGAGAAGGACGAGCAGGCCAGGAGGCAGCGGCUGAGGAGCAAGCUGGAGCAGGCGAUCGACACAAUGGCCUUAAGCAGCUGAAGAGGCGGCGGCACGGUGCCAGCUUCCCGAGCGGUGGCGGCGGCAGGAGAGGGGCCAGCGAGCGGCAGCCGCGGGCAGGACACUUUGGGGCUGGGGCCGGGCGCACGCUUCCCACCGCCCAACAAGGAAACCUCGCCCGCCAGCAGGGGAAAAAAAAAAAAUCAAAAAGCAUCCCGAUGACAGCAGCCACAAGGAUAAAACACACCCCCCCUCUACGCACACCCCGAUGCAACCGGGACGCGGCAGAGACCUUGCAAAGGGGGCGGCCGAGGAGGAGGAGGAGGGAGCCGCGUGCCCCAUGGACCCGCUGGGACCCCCGGGGACCCCCUGCCCCGGGCAGAGCCCCCUGAGCCCGCGGGGAAGGAGGGUCGGGACCGCGGGGCUUUCUAGGACGGCGUUUGGAUGUUGUUGUUACUUCGGUGGAGGGAGGGGGGUGGGCUCCUGUUUGUACUGUACUUGACUUGCUCUCCCCCCCUCGCCCCCCAGCUGUCUGCCCCCUCUCCUCCUCCCCCUGUCUCUUUUUCUGUCUCUUUCCCCCUUCUCUCUCUCUUUCUGGCCUUCUGCCACUAGUGUUAACUGCUAUAUUUGCACAAUUUACACGAGACAAAAUUUUUAAUUUAAAGAAAGGAAAAAAAAAUAUAACAAAAAAUGGGAGGGGAAAAAAAAAGAUUCUAAAUUUUGCAACAAACUAACAAAAAAAUGGUUUUAAAAAAUAAGCUAAAGGACUGAUGCUGGGGAGAUUUCAGGGUGGGGGCAAUAGGGGUGGGCAGGAAAGGGAGAAAUCCUGAGCUUUGAUAUUUCUUAAAAUACGUCCUGUGCCAUGUUUUAUUUGAAUGUUGUUUAGUGCAAAAAAAAAAAAAAAAAGAGAAAAAAAUGAAAAAAAAAUCAAAACAAGAAAAAAAGUGGGAGUUUCGUUAGCUGAGUAGACGCUCUUAUUUAAAUGCUGCUUGAGUGGUUCCGGAGGCUACGACCUGGCUGAGGGAGACCAGAGAGGAGGGAAGAUCCCGAGGUCGGUGUUCCUGUUCCUGGGGAUGGCUGAGGGAUGGCCUGUGCUGUCUCGGUGUCUGCGAGGUGCUCCGGGUGCUUUUCGGGUGGCGGAUGGCUGCGGGUGAUCUGGGGCACUUGGGAGGGGACCUGGAGAACCAACCAGCCUGGGUGCUUGAUUUUUACCUGGGUGUUUGGUUUUUCCCUGGGUGUUUGGCUUUUUCCUGUUGCCUUCCUGCGAGCCACCCACAGCAUCAGCGGCUUCGUUUCAGGGUUGGCUCCUCGGAGGGAGAAGGCAGGGACAGGACUGAAAUUUUGACUGCAUGGUUAAAAACUUUUCCUUUUUUAUUUUUAUUUUAUUAUUAUUAUUUUAAGCGGGGGGGUCAUGUCAUUUUUUUGUGCUGCCCCAGGGAAGGCGCCGGGGUUGGAUCAUUGCAAUCUGUAGGAGCUCUGCGGGGCUUGCCGCUGCCGGAGGAGCAGCGUGGGCAGGCAGGAUGCGACCCCGGGGCAGGGACAGCCGGAGGAGCUGGGUUCCAGGGGGCUGUGGCUGGGUGAGGAGGAAGAGGCAGGGCAGGGAGGAAGCUCCUCCGCUUCUCCUGGCCUUGCUUCAAGCCAGGCUUGUGGCUGGAACUGGGCACCAGCCCAUGGAGGGACCAAACACCGGGGCUGUCCUCUGCUCCCCUGCCCUGGGCAGCCCAGGCUGGUGCAGGGUUUCCCACCCCACAUUUACCUUCUUCUCUCUCUCUUUUCCUUCUUUCUCCCCCAUUCUCACCCCGUUUCCCCUCCGCCGCCUCCGCCCUUCCCGCGGUUCGUGCCUGCUGGCGUUUCACGGGGCCAGCCGGGCUCUCGCCCCCUUCCAAACGCCAGGUCCGCACGCUUUUCUGCUUUCCUCAAACAAAAAGGUGCCCAGCGCUGCCCCGACUCGGAGCAGGCGACUGAAACCUUCCAAAAACCGAGCAAAACCAUCUCCUUUUCUGUCCCGAGAGCCCCUGCUGCUGCCCGGGCCGAGUGGAGGGGACCACGCUCGGCCAGAAGUGGGUGAGCGCAGAAAUCAAACCGGGCAGGGGCCCGCCUGGUUUCUGCCCAUUCCCAUAAACCGCAAGUUGGGGGGGGGGGGGGGGGGGGGGGGGGGGAAGGGAGAAAUAAUGAAGUUUUUAAUUAAAACAAAAAAAUAAAAGUGUGUAUAUAUAUAUAUGUGGUUACAAUCUAAUUCUCGUGCCCCAGUGGGGUGCUGUAUAGUUAACUGAAGGAGAAUCAAACUGAUAUAAAUAUGAAAUGAAUUUACACAGCCAGUUAAAAAAAAAAAGGAUAAAAAAAAAAAAGGAUACCAAAUGGUCUGGAAGAAAUUUCCAAGCAUUUCUCACCAUGCAGUACAAUCGUUUGAAGCCUGCACAUCUCUCAUUAUGUUGUAAUUUUGUUUGGUUUGGUUUUGUUUUAAUAAGGAGGGAAAGGGGAAGAUGCUGAUUAAAAACAACAACAACAAAAAAAA